AAUUUUCUCCCAACCUUUGUGUUUGGAGUAGCCGUGAACAGCAGCAGAGGAACAUAAAUUGUUUUGCAGCUGAAAAAUAUUGCGAGUUGUUUUUGAAAAAGUUUGUUUGAUCAGUGGCCCCGCACAAAAAUAUAUCAAAAUGAUAUCCGACGCUUUGGGAGAUCUGGAGAAAUGCGUCGAUAACGCAGGAACGCAGCUGGAAACUUUGCACAAAGCUCUCGAAAGCCACAAAUCCAUACUCGAAGUAAACGAUUUCGAAAAGAAUAUAGAAGACAAUGAUAUGGAUGGCCUGGAAACUGGUUCAGUUCUGGAGCUUCUUGAUUCGGUGACCGUUGAAAAUGAAUAUCAAAAUUUGCGGAAGGAUUUGCAGGAAGUUCAACAGCUGCAAAAGGAAAUGACCUUUUCACUGAGGUAUCAAUUGCAAACCAUGACUCAGACUUUUCACAUUCUAAAAAAGAUUGAGUCCAAUAAUCUGCCGAUUACAUCGCUUCCUCAACCAUCAUCAUCUACCAAAAACAAUGGUGGAUCUACAGCUGCUGUUAAAAAUACGAAACAUAACAAAAAUUGAAACCUGCUUUUCAUGUUUUCGCUGCAUCUUCGUACAAGAAUUGAUUAUCUUUCCUUAAAGUGAUUUGCGCUGUAUUCUUCAUGGACUGAUCUAAAUGUCUUCUUUCCUACAAUAUUAGUUACGUAUAGUUUUAAAUCAUGCAAAUGAUUGACAAUCAUUUCAUCAUCUGUUUGACCUGAUCGUCACAAACAAUGCAAACUACCCCUACUGACAAGGCUAGAACUCGAAAAGGUCCAAACGAGAUCAUCCUCUGCUGUUUUCCAUUUAUUAUAGAUAUUAGUUAAAUUGUAUUAUAUUAUGUCAUUACUGCCCAUGUUCGCAUAAAUGUCCCAUAUGCAAAAACAGCAAACUGAGAAAAACGCAUUUGAAGUUUGUCCCACACAUAAGGCUACGUGUUAAGUUUUCAAAACUGGACUUCCUCUCGAUUUCU